UUUGGGUCUAAUCUGCAGUGUUCAUUUAGCUUUGGGUUUUUUGUGCUGACUUGCUGCAAAUGGGAUCCCUGAUUAAAGUUUUUCUCCUGUGCUGUGCCACCCUGGAAAUCUAUGGAACAGACCAAAAGCCGCUGGUGACUACAAAGUAUGGGCAGCUACUUGGAAAAACAGUGGGUGUAAAGGGAACAGACAGAUCAGUUCAUGCUUUUAUGGGCGUCCCCUUUGCAAAGCCACCUACUGGACCACUAAGAUAUGCUGAUCCACAGCCCCCGGAGCCAUGGAGCUCUGUCAGGGAAGCCACGGCACCUCCAUCCAUGUGUAUACAAGACAGAGCGAUAAUAGAAAAUAUGGCGAAAAUGAUCAAGGCAAAUUUUGUGCUGCCCCCAGUCUCAGAGGAUUGCCUGUACCUAAAUGUCUUCACUCCAGCAGACAGGGAGGAGAAUGCCAAGCUACCUGUCAUGGUGUUCAUUCAUGGAGGAGGACUGGUUUUAGGAUGUGCAUCCCUUUAUGACGGCUCUGCUUUAUGUGCUUAUGAAGAUGUUGUAAUGGUGUCAAUGCAAUACAGACUCGGACUUUUAGGAUUUCUGAGUACUAGUGAUAAGGAAGCACAAGGAAAUUUGGGAUUCAUGGAUCAAGUUGCAGCUCUUCAGUGGGUUCAGGACAACAUUAAAGCGUUCGGAGGUGACCCACAGUCCGUCACCAUUUUUGGGGAAUCCGCAGGUGGACUAAGUGUUUCUGCCCACAUAUUAUCUCCCCUAUCAAAGAAUCUGUUCCACAGAGCCAUAGCUGAGAGCGGGGUUGCAGUAUUUCCUAAUCUGAUGGUCCAUAAAACUGAAGAUAUGCAUUCUGUUCUAGAUCUGAUUUCCAGUAAAUCUGGAUGUGAUUUACCACUUAAACUAAACUGUCUGAAAAAUAAAACAGAAGAUGAGAUUUUGGCAAUUAUUGUAUCCAUGGGAUUCAUAAUCUUACCUGCCUGUGUAGAUGGCAUGUUCCUUCCCAAGCCUGCAGAAGAAAUCUUAGCUGCAAAGGAAAGCAAUCCGGUCCCCUUUAUGAUUGGCGUUAAUAACCAUGAGUUUAGUUGGGUGAUUCCUAUGUCCCUCAAUAUCAGUGGCUUCAUGAAUGGAAUGAAUAAGAGAGACAUUCAGUCACUACUACAGUCUUCUCCUUUAUUGCGUAUAGAUUCCAAUGCCAUUCCUGCCAUAAUGGAAGAGUACUUUGGGGACACAAGUGAUCCGAUAGAAGUCAGGGACAAUUUUCUGGAACUGGGAGGAGACAUGCUAUUUCUUAUACCUGCCCUCAAGACUGCUAACUAUCACCGAGAUUCAGGGCUUCCUGUUUACUUCUAUGAAUUUCAACACCGCCCUUCAUUGUAUGGUGACUCAAAAGGUGAUUUUGUUAAAGCCGAUCAUGGUGAUGAAAUUUACUUUGUCUUUGGUGGGCCGUUCCUGAGUGGUGAUGUAACAUUCCAAGGUGAUGGAACAGAUGAAGAAGAAGCCCUUAGUAAGAAAAUCAUGAAAUACUGGGCUAACUUCGCUAGAAAUGGUAAUCCUAAUGGAUCUGGAUUGACAGAAUGGCUAAAGUAUGAUGAAAAUGAACAUUAUCUAGAACUGAACCUGACACAGAAAUCCUCUCAAAGACUAAAGGAAGGGAGAUUUAAGUUCUGGAACACCCAUCCUGAGAAAAGGAAUGUGAUGGAAAAAAGUGAAGAGCGCGCAGAGCUGUAAACUUUUUGUAUAACUUGCUUACAUUUACAUUUAUCCUGUAAAUUCACACUAUUUUGUCAUCUUUGACUUCAAAUUGCAAGAUUUAGUGAAUAAAUAAAAAGAAAUGUGUAUAAAAUAAACACAAUAUAAACUUGGAACCUA